CUUGAGUGAAAGUUGAAAAAGUAAAGAAACUAAAGAAAUUUUAAUAAAAACAAAAUGUUCUUAACCGAAAUUUUAAUAAUAUUGGCCACAAUCAUAGGCCUUUUAACAUUGUGGCUUAAGCAUCAUUACAACUAUUGGCAGCGUCAUAAGAUACCCUAUAUUAAGGCUCAUCCCAUCUUUGGCAAUUUUAAGGAUAUUGUUUUAUGGAAAAAAGAUCCCUGUGCCCAUUUCCAGAGUCUAUACGAUGAGGAGGGUGUAGUGGGUGGCAAACCUAAGGAUAAUCCUGUUAUUGGUUUACAUGUUUUCAAUAAGCCCUGUUUGCUGAUACGUGAUUUGGAAUUAGUGAAAAAUGUUUUAAUUAAAGAUUUCAAUCAAUUCUCUAAUCGUUAUUCAUACUCGGAUCCUCACUCGGAUGCAGUGGGUGCUAAUACUUUGUUCUUUGCUAAAAACCCCAAAUGGAAGAAUAUACGUUCGAAAUUGACUCCAGUAUUUGCUAGUGGUAAAAUUAAGCAAAUGUUCCCAUUAGUGGAAGAGAUUGGCCGUGAAUUGGACAAAUACCUUUGCAAUCUCACCGAAAAGACCCCCAAUAAUAAUGUGCAUGAAGUCAAGGAUAUUAACGCUCUCUACACCACCGAUGUCAUUGCCACUGUAGCCUAUGGUGUCCAGGCCAAUAGUUUAGUUAAUCCUAAUGGUGAUUUCCGUAUUAAUGGCAAACGCAUUUUUGAUUUUAACAAACGCCGCUCUUUGGAAUUCUCCUGCAUGUUCUUCUUGCCCAAAUUGGUGAAGUUAAUGAAAUUUAAAUUCUUCUCGCCCGAGACUACUACCUUCUUGCGUAAAACUAUUAAAUAUGUUAUGGAUGAACGUGCCAAGUCCGGUUUGAAACGUAAUGAUCUUAUCGAUAUUUUGGUUAAAUUCCGUAAAGAUGCUGAAACCGAUAAAACUCAUUUUGCCAAUGAAUUGGAUUCGGUUAUUGCCCAGGCCGCUAUUUUCUUUUCGGCUGGUUUUGAGACCUCCUCCGCCACCAUGUCUUUUACUUUAUAUGAAUUGGCCAAACAUCAAGAUGUUCAACAGCGUGUUAGAGAAGAGAUUCGUGAAGCUUUGCAUCAAAGUGAAAAUGGCGAGCUUUCCUAUGAGCAGUUGAAUGAAUUGAAAUAUUUGAAUAAUGUCAUUUUGGAAGUAUUGCGUUUUUAUCCUCCUUUACCCUUCUUGGAUAGAGAAUGUACUGCCGAUAAGGGUUAUUCGCUACAGCCACAUGUUGACUUCACCAUACCACCCGGCAUGCCGGUAUAUAUAGCUGCCAAUGCUUUGCAAAGGGAUCCUAGGUACUUUACUGAACCCGAAAAAUUCGAACCUGAUCGUUUUAAUCCGGAAAAUAAAUUAUACAACAAUUUGGGUGCCUACAUGCCUUUCGGUGUGGGACCUCACAAUUGCAUCGGUGAACGUUUUGGCAUGAUUCAGACUAAAGUUGGUUUGUUUAACUUUUUGCGCAAUCAUUAUGUAACCGUUUGCGAGAAAACCUCACCGGAAAUGAACUUGAGUCCCUAUGCCUUGAUUAUACAAUCGGCUGAUGGUAUUUACCUGAAUCUGGUUAGAGAUCCCUUAUAUUUUUUUAAAUCUAGAGCAAUGUGGUCGUUAAGUGAUUUAAAAGUUUUUGCUACAUUAAUCCUAAUUUUAUUCCUCACUUUAUAUUUCUACUUAAAAUAUCGCUAUAACUAUUGGACCCGCUAUGGGGUACCUCAAAUACCACCCACUAUGUUGGUGGGUAAUUUGGGACCUCUAUUGCGUUUAUCGAAAUGUUCAGCUCAGGUUAUCAAGGAUAUUUAUCAUCAUCCAGAGGCCAAGGAUAAGGCCAUUGUGGGCAUAUAUUUAUUUCAUACACCGGCUUUAUUAAUCCGUGAUCCAGAGCUGAUAAAACGUAUUUUAAUAAGAGAUUUUAAUAAAUUCUGUAAUCGUUACUCGAACUCGGAUGUCUUGGGUGAUCCUUUGGGUUCACAGAAUUUAUUCUUUUUGAAAAAUCCGGCCUGGAAGGAGAUACGUUUUAAGUUGACACCGUUUUUUACCAGUGGCAAAUUGAAACAAAUGUUUCCGCUGGUCGAGGAGGUCGGUCGAAAUCUCAACAAUUACCUUCUAAACAUGCCAUUCACCAACAACGAACAAAAUUCUUUUGAAUUGGAACUCAAAGAAUUCUGCGCCCUCUACACUACCGAUGUAAUAGCCACCGUGGCUUUUGGGGUCGAAGCCAAUUCAUUUAAAUCCCCAAAUGGUGAUUUUCGUCGUAAUGGUAGAGCAAUAUUUCACUUUAAUCCUCGGCGAGCCAUUAAUUUUAGUGUGGUUUUCUUUAUGCCACAUCUAGUACCAUAUCUGGGCAUUAAGGUGGUACCCGAUGAACAAACUGAAUUUUUACGUUCGACCAUGAAUUAUGUUCUGAACGAAAGAGAAAAAUCGGGUAAGACCCGCAAUGAUUUAAUAGACAUUUUAAUAGAAUUUAAAAAUUCUACCAAAUCGGAAUCGAAUAAAAGUGGUCAUAUAAAAUUUGAAGGUGAUUUAUUGGUGGCUCAGGCGGCUAUAUUUUUUACGGCGGGGUUUGAAUCCUCAUCGGCCACCAUGUCUUUUGCUUUAUAUGAAUUGGCUCGUAAUCCCCAAGUCCAAGAGAAACUAAGACGAGAGAUAGAAGAAGCUUUACAAAAAACCGGUGGUAGAAUAACCCAAACAUUGGUGGAUUCUAUGGAAUAUCUACAAAUGAUUAUAGCGGAAACUUUAAGAUUUUAUCCACCUUUGCCAUUUUUGGAUAGAGAAUGUUCAGUGGAGCAGCGUGAGCUUUAUUCUCUAAAGCCCUUUCAUGACUACAGCAUGCCCAGCGGUAUGCCCGCCUAUAUACCAGUUUACGCUUUGCACAUGGAUUCCCAGUACUUCCCCCAACCAUUGCAAUUUAAACCGGAACGUUUCUCAGCCGAUAACCGUAAAAACAUAACACCUUAUACUUAUAUGCCUUUCGGUUUGGGACCUCACGCCUGCAUUGGAGAACGGUUUGCUUAUUUACAAACUAAAAUUGGUUUAAUCGAAUUUCUACGUAAUCAUCGUGUUUCCUUAAGUGCAAAAACUUCACUACAUCCCAAACUUGAUCCGAAGGCUUUAAUUUUACAAUCAGAGGGUGGUAUUCACCUGAAUAUUAUUCGAGAUCCUUUAUGUUAUUAGAUGUUUAAAUAAUCC